GUCAGGAGGGGUGUUGCAGGUGCAAGAUUUGAAUGUUAUCUUGCGCCAUUUUGGGAAGCUAAACAGAUGGAAGGAUGUCUCUCAGCUCUUCGAUUGGAUGCAGAAGAAUGGGAAGGUUAAUGUUGGAUCAUACAGUAGUUAUAUCAAGUUUAUGGGCAGGAGCCUCAAUUCCAUAAAAGCACUGGAAGUGUACAAUGGCAUUCAAGACGAAUCAAUGAAAAAUAACGUCUCUGUCUGUAACUCUGUUCUCAGUUGCCUCAUCAGUAACAGAAAAUUUGAAAGCAGCAUCAAACUGUUUGACCAAAUGAAACAAUGUGGACUGAUCCCAGAUGCUGUUACUUAUAGUACCCUGCUUGCAGGCUGCAUCAAAGUUAAACAUGGCUAUUCUAAGGCUUUGCAGCUUAUCCAAGAACUGGAAGACAGUGGAUUAUGCAUGGACAAUGUGAUCUAUGGAACUCUUAUAGCUAUUUGUGCCUCCAGUGGUCAAAGCAAAGAAGCAGAAUCCUAUUUUGAGAAGAUGAAAAAGGAAGGUUAUUCUCCUAAUGUUUUCCAUUACAGCUCUUUGCUCAAUGCAUAUUCAGUUGAUGGAAACCAUUUGAAGGCUGAUGAGUUGGUCAAUGAUAUGAAAUCUGCCGGGAUUGUCCCAAAUAAGGUUAUAUUGACUACGUUACUGAAGGUUUAUGUUCGAAGUGGUCUAUUUGAAAAAUCAAGAGAACUACUGAGUAAAUUGGAAAUUUUGGGAUAUGCUAAGGAUGAGAUGCCAUACUGUUUAUUAAUGGAUGGGCUUGCAAAAGCGGGGCACAUACAUGAAGCUAAAUCAAUUUUUGACACAAUGAAGACGAAAGAUGUGAAAUCCGAUGGCUAUUCAUACAGUAUCAUGAUUUCAGCACUUUGUCGUAGUAAACUUUUGGAAGAGGCUAAACAGCUGGCAAGAGAGUACGAAGCCAGAUAUAACAAAUAUGACUUGGUUAUGUUAAACACAUUGCUCCGCGCUUACUGCAGAACAGGGGAAAUGGACUGUGUCAUGCAUAUGUUGAGGAAAAUGGAUGAAUUGACAAUAUCUCCUGAUUGGAAUACCUUCUAUAUCCUGAUUAAAUAUUUCUGUAAGGAAAAGUUAUAUCACCUGGCAUAUCGGAUGAUGGAGGAUAUGCACAAUAAGGGUAAUCAACCAGAUGAGGAACUCUGUUCGUACUUGAUUUUACAACUGGGUAAAUUUGGAGCAUCAUCUGAAGCAUAUUCUGUUUACAAUAUGUUGAGAUAUAGCAAGAGAACAAUGUGUAAGGCCCUUCAUGGGAAGGUUCUUAAUAUCUUGGUGGCAGGGCGACUUCUUAAAGAAGCCUAUGUAGUAGCUAAGGACAAUGCAGAGGUGAUAUCUCGGCACAGUUUAAAGAAAUUUGCAGUUGCUUUUGCCAAAUCAGGUAAUAUAAACAUGAUAAACGAUGUUCUGAAAGCUGUUCACACCUCUGGCCACAAGAUUGACAAGGAAGUGUUUUCUUUAGCUAUAUCACGUUAUAUGGAGCAACCUGAAAAGAAGGAAAUGUUAUUGAAGUUGCUGCAAUGGAUGAUGGGUCAAGGGUAUGUCGUGGACUCGGCAUCAAGAAAUCUUAUCCUCAAGAAUUCACAUCUGUUUGGACGCCACCUCGUUGCUGAAAUAUUAUCCAAACAACAUAAGAUGUCAAAAGUACUAAGAACUCAGUAGAUGAUGGUUGCAUAAGUUUUGAGAGUGCAAUAGUGGCUGAAGUUAUUUUUGGCCGAGUCUGAGAGGCUGUCCUGAUAAAAUUAUUCACAGUUACAUCUCUCCCAUGAAGCAUCCAGAUCUUCUCUGUUCUGCAAUUUGUGAUUUAUUACAACAUGAUUAAAAAUGUUGUGGUGUCAAGGUUCUAACAGUUGCACUUCCUUUAGGUAAAAGUUACUGUAUAUUGUUGGCAACUAACAAUCUACUUACCCAAAUGACACAUUGUAUUUUCCAAUUUAAUGAUAUUCUCUUCUAACCUUCUCCUGCAA